GACAGAUUAAAAAAAAAAAAAAAACAUGAAUCAGUUGUUGACGAUAACAUUGGCGGUCCUCCUUUUGCUGGUGUAUCUAGACCUGUCAAAAUCAACGCCUUUGAAAAAAAGUCUUAAAAAUGAAGCAAGGUCUGUCAAAACGUCAGCUGAAAAAAUUCAGGAAUCGCCUUUGGAUGAGACCAAGAAACGGUCAGUGAAAACUGUCAAUCCUAAUGGAAUGCUGAAGGGAUACAUGAAAUGUGAUGCCCACACUGAGUGUCCAGAAGGCUAUGCUUGUUUAAAGCAUGGCUUUGGAAAGGCCAACAUCGUAUCGGAAAUGAAAUGCUUCAAGUGUAACUGUUCUGAACCCAGCCAAUGCUAUCAUGAUUCAAACAUGGCUUGCAAGGGACCGGGUCGAUGUAACUAUCAACAUAAAAGCCUGUUUUGCGACUGUGCGGACAAUGGAUACACAGGCGAAUUGUGCGAAACAAAUAUUGAUGACUGUGCUACAAACCCAUGUAAUAAUGGUGGAACUUGUGUUGAUGGUAUAAAUGAUUAUACUUGCACGUGUCCACCGGAUACUACUGGUUUAACCUGUGAACGUAAGUACGAAUGAACAGAUUGUUAAUGG